AUGUCCUUUCUGCGACGGUGCAGUGCACUCCAUCUCCAACGACCGCAGUCGCCAACAAACCCCGCAUUCCGAAAGCUCGCUUGGUGCACAAGACCGCCGCUCAACCAACAUUCACGCCUUCUAUCCGCACGAGCUUCAGGGAAUUCACGUCAGCAAGUUAAAGUCUCGGGAUGGAUAGUCGCACCGGCGACGCUGUUGUUGCUUGGCGGUACUGGCCUUGUGGUCUACGAGUAUAACCAGCCCUUCCGGCACACCGUACUUGCAGUAGUCCGGUGUUCUCGAGUUGCAGAGGCCGCCAUACUGGGCGCCAUCGACUACAAGCUCACCUUCGCGAAGACUUACGAAUCUGACGUGGAGAAGUCUGAGGCAUACUCGGAAUGCCACACGCGAAGUGCACAGCGAGUAUUGAAAGCCCUUCUGGCCAACGGAGGCAUAUUCAUCAAGCUUGGCCAGCACAUGGCUUCAAUUGCAGUACUGCCGUACGAAUGGACGAGUACCAUGCGCCCGCUUCAAGACCAAUGCGAACCCACAGAUUAUGAAGACCUCGAGCGGCUGUUUGUAUCGGACAUGGGGCUUUCGAUUUCCGACUACUUCGAGGAGUUCGACCCGAAGCCUAUCGGGGUUGCCAGUCUCGCCCAGGUGCAUGUCGGGCGGCUUAGAAAGUCGGGCGAACGUGUUGCUGUGAAACUGCAACAUCCGCAUUUGCAAGAGUUUUGUGAGAUUGAUAUGGAGAUGGUCGAGGUCUCGCUAGGCUGGAUCAAGCAUUGGUUCCCCACCUUCGAAUUUACGUGGCUGGGCGAAGAAAUGCGCGAAAACCUGCCUAAGGAGAUGGACUUUGCACACGAAAAGCGCAACGCGGAGCGUGCGAUGGCCGACUUCGAAAAUAUCCGCACCUCUCUUUACAUUCCGGAAGUGAAAGAGGCGAGGAAGCGCAUAUUGGUGAUGGAGUAUAUCCAGGGUGGUCGCGUUGAUGAUCUCGUAUACCUGGCGGACCACAACAUAGACCGCAACAAAGUGUCUCUGGAGCUUGCGCGGAUAUUCUGCCAGAUGGUCCACAUCAAUGGCUUCUUUCACGCAGAUCCUCAUCCAGGCAAUUUGCUCAUUCGCCCAGUCGUGCCUGGCUCAAAGUCGCCGUACAACUUCGAGAUCGUGCUCCUCGACCACGGCCUAUACUUCGACCUUGAUACCCCAUUACGGAUAAACUACAGCAACUGGUGGCUCGCGUUGAUAGCGCCUGCAACACCUGAGACCCUUGAAGCCCGGAAGAAGUACGCGAAACUGGUUGGGAACAUCGAUGCAGACCUCUAUCCGGUGUUCGAAGCUGCAAUAACUGGUCGUGCUGCGCUCGAAGGCUCAUGGGAGGAGAUCGAUGGUCCGACAGGUGUGCCGCGUGCAAGGAGCAUGAUCGACCUGUCCGCACAGACGGAGGAAGAGAUGGAGGCUAUCCGGAAAGCUGUCAUUGAGAAGGAGGGUCUCUUGCUCUCCGUAUUCGACGUGCUCAGGCGCGUACCACGGAGAGUGUUGAUGGUACUGAAGGUCAACGACCUGACCAGGAGCCUUGACCGCGCCCUCAUGACCACACAUUCGAACAUUCGAAUAUUCUUGAUCACGGCCAAGUACUGCACGUUCGCAGUCUGGCUCGACGAGAGUCAACGUGCGGUCUCUGAGCUCCGACGCAAGGGGCUCUCGGGCAUGUCACUCAGGCUACUUUGGGACUACUUCUGGGUGUGGUGGUGCGUGCGAUACGAGAAAAUGUACCGCUCGCUUGAGUUUGCGGAGUGGUGGAUGGAUACGGGCGCGCGCGCUGUUACUGCGAAGGCAUGGGUUCGCGGGCUUUUCACCGUCGGUGGGUUGCAAGGUGCGCACCGAGCCGCAGCAGGCCUAGCGUAG